AUGUGCUUCCAAUCUGCGUUUCUUUGUGUUGCGUUCCUCAUCACAUUAACCCCGGCACCCUUGGUCCAAUCUUUUGUCCUCCCCGCUGCUCUUCAUCGCUCUGCCUCCAACAAGUGGACGGUCCGCAUGGCAUAUGGAGCUGACAAUGUCGGGUGGUUCCACAGCUACUAUGGGCACAACGAAACAACGACCAGUGCUUCCAACAACAACCACAUGAUUGAAAUGGGAAACGGUCUCGGCUGUCCCAUUUCCGUGGAUUUUGCCGAAGAGACAGGGGAAGACCCGUUGGCCAUGAUGGAUCGUAUCUGGGAGUCCAUGUGGGAGAGCAAGUUUGAAGAGCUUGUGGCCUACAAGAUUCGCGCUGGCGAUUGUUUGGUUCCAAUGGGCUUUCGGAACAACCCACAACUUGCUUCGUGGGUUUGUUGCCAACGACAUGAGCACAUGAAGGGCACCUUGAGCAGUGGAAAGAUGGAUAAACUGGACGAAAUUGGAUUUGAGUGGACAUUCAAAGAAAAGUGGCAGUGA